GUCCGACAGGUAGACAGGCGGGGACCAAACUGACUCAUGGGCGGAAUUUUACUCAACUUUUGACGCAACUUUGAGGACUUUUUUUUUUAAAUCGUCACCGAAAGGGACCCUCCUUUCAUACCAAUAAUGUGUCGAAUGGUCGCAGGACAAACGGCUCUGAAUGUAGUGCUGCUGCUCUAUUUGUUCGGCUGUUUCGGCCUUUCCCAAGUUUCCGGCAUCCACGUAACCACUCCAGCAGAGGUCCAUGCAUCUAAAGGGGAUACGGUCAUGUUGCCGUGCACAUUCACCUCUACAAGCCCACCAACCAGUAAGAUGUCUGUUCACUGGUCUUAUAGACCACUGACCGGUGGUCCACCACUGGUGUUUUUCCACUUCUCCUCUCGGGCAUAUUACCAAGAGAGCGGUCAGUUUGCCGGCCGUAUCAAAUGGAGGGGGGCCCCGGCACGUGGGGAUGCUUCUCUCUCUCUGAUCAACGCCACUUUGAAUGAUAAUGGGACGUACAUAUGUGAUGUCACAAACCCUCCGGAUGUCUUCGGGCCCAACUCUGAAACUGUUCUCACAGUUACACCAAAAGCACACACCAUCCGCUUCUCCGAUGUCGCCGUCCUCCUCGCUUUCAUCCUCAUCCCCUCUGGCCUCCUCACCUUCUUUCUGAUUGGACGGAUGUUCUGUCCCAAGAAACGGCACAACCAAUCCAAGGCCUACAGAUCGCCCAUAGAGGUCACAGAGGGGUGAGUAAAUUAUUCUACC